CGAACGUGUUGCAUAAUGAUUCCAAGAUCGAGCAUCGCCCGGGCUCUGCGCCAUUCUGCCCCAUCACGACGCUCAGUGCGGACAUUGACGAGAGCACGACUCCUUCCGACUACAAACUCGCGUUGCGCAUCCCACGCACCAACACAGAUCCUAAGAUGGGCAUCAUCAACAUCCGGAGGGGGCCCGUCGAUCAACAAUGCAUUUGAUUCAGGAAACACAAACCGCACAAAUAAAUCAGAAGCGGACGUGAAGAUCGAAGAGAUCACAGAGCUCUACGCUACCGCGCAAGACGAAUUCGAGAUCGCGAUGGAAGAGACGGAGAAGGCCAGCAUCUAUGCCGAGGAUGAUAGAAAAGCUGCUCGCGAGGAGUUGACGAGGGUGCAGGAGGCGUAUAAAGCUGUGCUCGAUGGCACAGAUCAAGAUUUGGCAAACGAAGUGAAGCGAAGGAUAGGCCAAAGGAUCAGGGAGCUCGAGCAGGGUGUCGUGGCUAUGGAAGAGUUGGCAUUGAACCAAGACUAGUGGACCUGGAGGUCUACAUAAUAAUUCGAAGGCUUGCUCUGCCCUUCCUUGAGCCUGACAGCAAUGGCCUCAUGCCCAAGCGGCAUAUGGUCCGCGUUAUGAACGAGGACGAGGCUUCCGAGUCGUGUCGAGAUGUUGACAUGCCACUGCACCAGAUGAAAGCACUUCAGCGACGGGGAAUUCUCAACAAGGGCAGGAGAGAUCGAUGGGCAGCGGGAUCAGCUUUCAGACUGCUACCGCGCGGGAGCUCAAUCGAAAACAGCGUCGAGAAGCUUUCUAUAAAGAGCGAGUUACAGCAAUACAAAAUACGAGGGGCCGCUGUGCAGUAAAUGCCUCU